CUUCAAGAUCAACACACAGAGCAUGGCGUGUUUUGAACGUGCAUCGCCAGCAUUGAAGGAGAUCCUGCUCAGAUUAUACCGAGAUGAACGGACCAUUGAUGUCGACCAUCACCUUCAUGAAUUUGGGUCCGUUGAAUAUUACAUUCAGUCCACGGUGUCAGAUCCUGAUCGUACCUACUUAUCAAUAUCAACUCCAAUUCUGUCUCAAGCAUUCUUGAUCUCAACUCGGCUAUCACGUUACACUAUGGAGAAGGUAAAGGCAAUUAGUGCUGAUGUUCUGGAGAUCAUGGAACCUCCAAAAGAAGGAUAUCAGCUGACUUUACGACUCAAUUUUGCUAGAAUGCCGCAUGAGUCGAUUAAAACGAUCACAGACAUAGCUGCUGUGCAAGGUGUAAUUCUGAGUUCUCAGCUGGAAGAAAUGCUGAUGAAUGUGAAUUCACAAGAUGUGGCUCAAGGGAUGUACAAACCAAUCAAACUUGUUUAUCACCCAAGAGAGCCGUUUUAUGUCAUAAAACAGCCCCAAAAAAUCACGGCAGUAUUCCCGAUGCGCUUUAAGGAGAAAACGGAUGUGAUUAUAGCUACAGCUUUCUUCCAGGAACUCAUGGAUGUUGCAAAUUCAAAAGCAUGUGCUAAGGCACCCCAUUGCAUCUGGUCCCCUAUUCCACCUCCUGAGCUAAGAGGAGAAGCAAUUGAAGACUUGAGCACAAAUGGAGGGUUUGUUUCUUUUGAUAUUACUUCACGCCACAUUGAAGGCAAAAGGCUAGAUAAGACUGUGUGGAACCUUCUGAACUUUUACGCAUUUGUCAAAAAUCAUGUAAAGAGUACUCGAGGAUUUAUACAAAGAAGGAUGAGAACAUGUCUGAAGAGCCUAGUUGAGGUCUUACAGAAAACAGGCCUUCAAGAUGACCAACAGAUUAAAAAGGUGAAAGGAUACAAACGCAUGAAAAAGUUGGUAAAUUUCUCAAAAUCCAAAAUAUUCAGAUAUAGAAGCGAUUUCACCAGCAAACUUAAGAGGAUUCGUUCGAGAUUAAAAAUCCAUGGGUUCGGCCAUUUUCGUCGAAAAUGGUUGUCAUUCCCCAACUUCUCCUCCAAGACAAAGUAUAGAAAGCUGGAAAAAGAUACUUCUCCUCAACAUAAUUAAUGGAUUCUGCUUAUGGUCAGAGUUUCUUCACAAGGGACAAAAAUAUCCUUGAGUCAGGAUAGUUGGUACAAUCCAGCACGUAAAACACCUCUGUAUUUGUCACCUUCUCAAAUGUUGGCAAUACAUAUAGAUACCGGUAUACUAUGUACAAAUAUUAAAGCACAAUAAAUGAGUUGGUCAGGAGUUGUUUUAUACUUCUUUCACAUUUUAAAUCCAUAUUUCCAUAUUA